CCGGCGGGCGAUGGUGCGGCGGAGCGCGCGGACGCGGGCGGCGCGGCGGCGGGCAUGAGGGAGGAUGGAAGGGCAGGACGAGGUGUCGGCGCGGGAACAGCACUUCCACAGCCAAGUGCGGGAGACCACGAUAUGUUUCCUUCUUUUUGCCAUUCUCUACAUUGUUUCCUACUUCAUCAUCACAAGAUACAAGAGAAAAUCAGAUGAACAAGAAGACGAAGAUGCCAUAGUCAACAGGAUUUCGUUGUUUUUGAGCACAUUCACUCUGGCAGUUUCAGCUGGGGCUGUUUUGCUUUUACCCUUUUCAAUAAUCAGCAAUGAAAUCCUGCUUUCUUUUCCUCAAAACUACUAUAUUCAAUGGCUAAAUGGCUCCCUGAUUCAUGGCUUGUGGAAUCUUGCUUCUCUCUUUUCCAACCUUUGUUUAUUUGUGUUGAUGCCCUUUGCCUUUUUCUUUCUGGAAUCAGAAGGUUUUGCUGGCCUGAAAAAGGGAAUCCGAGCCCGAAUUUUAGAAACUCUGGUCAUGCUUGUCCUGCUUGCGCUGCUUAUCCUGGGGAUCGUGUGGGUGGCCUCCGCGCUCAUUGACAAGGACGCCGCGAGCAUGGAGUCUUUGUACGAUCUCUGGGAGUUCUACCUACCCUAUUUAUAUUCCUGUAUAUCUCUGAUGGGAUGUUUGUUACUUCUCCUGUGUACCCCUGUUGGCCUUUCCCGCAUGUUCACAGUGAUGGGUCAGUUGCUGGUGAAGCCAACAAUUCUUGAAGACCUGGAUGAACAAAUUUAUAUUAUUACCCUAGAGGAGGAAGCACUCCAGAGACGACUAAAUGGACUGUCUUCAUCAGUGGAAUACAAUAUAAUGGAGUUGGAACAAGAACUUGAAAAUGUGAAGACUCUAAAGACAAAAUUAGAGAGGCGAAAAAAAGCUUCAGCAUGGGAAAGAAAUUUGGUGUAUCCUGCUGUUAUGGUUCUCCUUCUUAUUGAGACAUCCAUCUCGGUCCUCUUGGUGGCUUGUAAUAUUCUUUGCCUGUUGGUUGAUGAAACAGCCAUGCCAAAGGGAACAAGGGGUCCUGGAAUAGGAAAUGCUUCUCUUUCUGCUUUUGGUUUUGUGGGAGCUGCACUUGAAAUCAUUUUGAUUUUCUAUCUUAUGGUGUCCUCUGUUGUCGGUUUCUAUAGCCUCCGAUUUUUUGGAAAUUUUAUUCCCAAGAAGGAUGACACAACUAUGACAAAGAUCAUUGGGAAUUGUGUGUCCAUCUUGGUCUUGAGCUCUGCACUCCCUGUGAUGUCAAGAACACUGGGAAUCACUAGAUUUGAUCUACUUGGAGACUUUGGAAGGUUUAAUUGGCUGGGAAAUUUCUAUAUUGUAUUAUCCUACAAUUUGCUUUUUGCUAUUGUGACAACAUUGUGUCUGGUCAGAAAAUUCACCUCUGCUGUACGAGAAGAACUUUUCAAGGCCCUAGGGCUUCAUAAGCUUCACUUAUCAAAUACUUCAAGGGAUUCAGAAACAUCAAAGCCGUCAGCAAACGGGCAUCACAAAGCACUGUGAGAUAUGCAGCAGCACUCUGCCAUCAAGAGACCCGGGAGCCCCAACUCCCACCGUCCCCGUCAGUCAGAAAUGACGCGCACUGACUGGGCUUCACAUUUAGGGCCUGGGCCUGGCAGCGCCAUUUCUUUCAUAACCUCCUAAGAACUUGGCUGCUGCAGGCCUUCUUCUCUUUUAACUGUGUGAUGGACCCCACAGUUUCCAGCCAAACGCAGGCUUCGUAGGGCAGCACAUUUUUCUGUGGACACAUUUGCUUGCAGCACUUGAUACAGUCACCCAUAUGAGAAUGUUAGAAAAGGCAACUUCGGGGCUUUCUAAGAAUUCAGUUAAAUCCCAAUA